UAGGAGGACAAAACUUAAACAAUGCUCUAAAAGAGGCUAUUCUUGCAAAUCAUACCUUUAUUUCCUCCAACACUCCACUAUUUCACUCUAGCUUUUUUCUCCAAUUACUCUUUUCAUUGUGAUGAUGAACGAAUCCUAAAUUGAGAUUGAUUAAAGCCUCUUGGUGAUUAUUGUGAUAUGAUGCCUCCUAAGGGAAGAGAGCAUUGUCAACGUUUACCUCCUGAUGUCCUUAGUGACCUUCCUGAUUAUUUUAUCGAUGACAUUCUGAUGCGUUUGCCUUGUAAAGAUGCUGUGAGGACAAGCGUCUUAUCAAGGAAAUGGAGGUAUCAUUGGUGUAGACUUGCAAAGUUUAAGCUUGAUGAAUCUCUUUGGAAAACACAAAAGGAUAAAUUUUACCCUAGUGUUAAAUUUAGAAAGAUUGUCUACCAGCUUUUGACCCAUCAUAAAGGACCCAUCACUAAGUUUAAGCUCGACAUUGCUUAUCUGGAAAGAUGUCCUGAGAUUGACAACUUCAUAUAUUUCCUGUCUAGGAAAGACAUUCAACAUCUUGUUCUUCACCUUUCACGGCAUGAGCUAUACGAAUUGCCUUCUUCACUUUUCAUAUGUUCGCAGCUGAGGCAUCUAAAUCUACAUAAUUGCUCAAUACAUCAUCCAUCGACCUUUCAAGGAUUUGAUAAGUUAAUUAGCCUGGAACUAUGUGAAGUCACAAUUUCUUCUGAAUUGCUGGAAAGUUUAAUAGCUCAUUGCCCAUUGCUUGAGCAGUUGGUGCUGAAAAUCUCGAAAACUAUAAAUGUAAUUAAAAUUAAUGCCCCGAUGCUGAGAUCCUUUGAUUUCAUGGGAAGUAUAAGUUCUAUUUGUUUAAAGGAUGUCCCUCUUCUGGCUAAAGUAUCUCUGAUAUAUAAGAGGUCUUCUUUGGAGGCAGAGAAUUUUGAUUAUGCAAAGUUUUUCGAGUCUUGUUCUGCACUCGAGCACCUCAUCUUGAACUUCGGUUAUGGCGAGUUCUUUGCGGUUGAAGCACCAACAAGGCUACCCUUUUAUCUUGACCGUGUCAAACAUUUUCACCUGUCUUAUAUUCAGCUGAAGGAAUCGUAUAAGCUCUCAUGUGCUCUUUGCUUGAUAAGAAGCUUCCCAUAUUUAGAAUAUCUCAAAAUUGAGGUUUACAAUGAAGGAGAUAGUGGUAUUCAAGAAUCCCUUGAACUUGAUCGUUUCUCAGAUGUCACAUUUAAUCACCUCAGGGAAGUGAUGCUAGAAAGCUUUGGAGGAACAACACCUGAGAUGCAGCUUAUCAAGAUUUUGUUAGCCAAGUCCCCAGUGUUGGUGAAAAUGCAAAUCGUUCCAGCAUUUCAAAUUGACUUAAUUGACGCAAGAUCAGAAACACUCGCUGAGCUAUUAAAAUUUCAGCAUGCAUCACCUAAAGCAGAAAUAGACUACGUAUCUUAUUGAAGUUAAAACUGAACAGGUAGAAACAAAUGUUGAUGUAGUAGUAUAACACUGUGUUUUGCCUUGUCGUAGUAAGAAAAAGAAACUUGAUUAUCUGUUUGGGAACACGAAUAUUUCUGGAAGGAUGUUUUGAUUAGUUUGUUAUGUAAUAAGAUUGUCAUUACAUGUUCAAGGAUUUUCUACAUUUCGUGCCGAAUGUAUUUAUGGAAUGUUAUGUAGACAUGAAUUGAUACUGUUGUGGUUUAUGUCAAUAUUAUGUUGUGGGUC